GUCUCGAUUCACGCGCUGUGGAACUUGUUCGAUCUAUAGACUAUCCCUUUUCUUCAUCCCACUGGUCUUAACAGGACAACCACUCAUUCAUCCACAGUCAACCACUCCUUGAAAAUCAGUCAGUAUUAGUUUUAUAAGACUAACAUGCUUGCCUUGGUCACCACGACAGCCCUCGCGCUGGCUUCUCCUGUCACCCUUAAGAAUCCUCCGCCUUUCCUUCCAAUAAGCCAGCCUCUUCCAUCUCGAUAUUUUGCAUCAGCAUGGUCCCCCGAUAACUCAUCUCUCUAUCUUGCCUCUCCCUUUGGCAUCGAUCGUUUCAUAAUCUCGCAAAGCCGAUUGGAUGAGGCCACAUAUGUGCAAUCCAAGGAGGAAGGAGAGAUCACUGCUAUGGCCGUCACUCCGUCCGGAAAUGUAGUAUUGGGCGUCGGGAGGAAGGUGAUAGUGCUGGAGUAUGCAACCGGAUCAGCAAAACUGUACAAGACGUUCGAAACCCAUGGAACGGCGGUCACUGCGUUGGCUGUAUCAAACGACAGCACGCUCAUUGCUUCUGCCUCUUCAAAGGGCGUGCAUAUUCACGACCUACUCGUUCCUGCCAAACAUAUAUCUCUCCCCCUCCCCACAAGUGCUGCAAGGUCUGUGAGCACCGUGUCAUUCCAUUCUCAUGUUCGUACCCGUCUGCUUCUUGGUUUCGGGCGUGAUGUACUGGUUUACGACGCGAGCAAGCCCUCCGCUCCCGUGAGACCCAUUAGCGUAGGACAAGACGUAGUGGGCAUUGCGUGUAGCCCAUUUAGCAAGACGCUGGUUGCUGUUGCAAGCGCAGAUAGUGUCGGCCUUGUUGAUUUGGAUAAGGAUAAGGGGCUAUUCAAGACGAUCAUUUCCCCGGAAACCAUCACCUCGAUCACAUUUACACCCGAGGGUGCAGCUAUCUACCUCGGGAUGCGAGACGGUCUGAGGAUUCUCAAUCUCAGGGAACUGGACAAGGAGAUGAAGAGAGUUUUUGUGGGUGAGGCUGGACAAGGAGUAGUAUGUCUCGCUGUUCAGAAAAGAUUAAGAGCCUCUGCGUCUUCUGUGAAACCAAGUAUUUCCAAUGCAUCAGCAACCUCUUCUCCUGCACGUGCUCGCGCCAAAGCAGCCUCGAACGUUCGUUCUCCCCUCCGACCUGUUACAGCUGCCGUGCCGAGAAAGUCGUCAAUCACGACGGCCAUUACUGGGACACCCAAGAAGCAGGAUGCUCUAGAGACCAGUACGCCAACUAGGCGCGUCUCAAACCGAGGUGCUUUCUCGCCAUUGAGGAAUCCCAUAUCACCGCGCGGUGGCAGAGGCACCGACAGUUCUACAACUGGCGUACUGCGCACUAGGGUGUCUACAUCGCGGGAAAACAUCUUUGAUGAUGCAAGUGACACCCCAAUGCGACCGAGCGCACGCGCCGCAUCUUCCCAAAAGGCAGUGCUUUUGGGUAGUCACGUGCACCCUGGUGAAUCGAUCUCCAGUAGACUGGCUUCCUUGCGCAGAGAUAAAACGAGAGAGACGAGGGUUGCUUCCGGAUCGUCUGCCCGUUCUGAGAUUACGAGAACCUCAUCGAACCUAAGUGUGGGCACGAAAACUGGGGGGUCUUCCUUGAGGCGUGCCCCGUCGACGAUAUCGAUUUCUUCGUCCAAGACGAGGGACAGCACUCGCUCAAAGACGCCUGCUAAUGAGGACGAUAAUACGCACACAGACCUGUCGUCUCCGGAUUUGCUGAUGGACCCAGCAACACCUGUUUCCGACAUGAAGAGACAGUCGGCAGGAAUAGUUGAAGCCCAGAAACCAAGGGUAAGAACCAGUACAGGGAGGACGAGGGCAGAGACAGGGAGCACAGGCCUUGGUGUUAUUGGUACCGCAAAGUCCAGGGGAAGCACGAAUAAAGGGAAAGAGAAAGAGGUGAAUUUGGAUGCGAACAAUGCUGAAAGAUGCGAAGAGUUAGAGGCCGUGGAAGAAGAUGAAGAAGAGGCGCAAAUGGCCCGUGAGCGCGAGCUCUCGAUGCAAGUUUCCCCCCGCCGCCACACGGCACCGACCUGGGUUCCGUCGCCACUCGUGCCAACCCCAAGUACUUUCCCUAUGCAUUCUAGUGCAAGCGGUGCGUACGAGCUCUUCCGGGGGCUCAUUGCGGACAUGCAGGCCAAAAGUCACGCUGACAUGAAAGCACUGCAUGUUGACAUGCUGCGAAUGGGACGGGGGCUGAGGCAGGAGAUGGAAGAGUGGGGCGGGGAGGUGAAAAAGUUGAGGGAGGAGAAUGAGAGGUUGCGGGAAGAAAAUAGUAGGCUUAGAAGAGGGUACUGAGUACCCCUGUGAUUUUUUGGGAGAUGGACCGGUGUAUUGGUGUGAAUGAUUGAUUUCGACAUAAUACCCCUCUGCAAUACACUAGUGUAGCCAGUAGAAUGUUGUAUGAUCCUUACUUGUACCCGAAUUCUUUCCAAUCCA